AUGCGGAUAGAACAAAGCCAGAUGCCGGAUAGGAUCACCGGCCCGCAUCGCAAAUGUCACCGCGUCCCUCCCUUAUUUUCGUAUGCCGGCCCGAUCCAGCGCUCUGGAGAUGGCGAGAGCCAGGUCGAGGCGGUGACAAACGAGGGUUGCAGGGCGACGCAAACUGGAGAUUCCGGCUGCGGUGGAACUGCGAGCUCAGGUCUUGGGAGGGACGGAGCCUUAGUUGAGGCGGCGGCGGGCCCAUCGGAAGGCCUGCCGUGUAUGUUUUGGCGGGCAGGCGCAACGGCAACGCUCCUCACUUCUCUGGAACAACCAAACAACGGCAGGCAGGAGCACCCGGGCGUCUCCCGUAACCCAGCACGACGUGGACAUCGCGACAACGGUCAGGGUUUCCCCGGGUCUGAGGGGUGGGCACGAGGAGAGGCGUGGCCACAGUGCAACGAGGAGACACAGCGAUGGGGUUUGAAACCAAGUUGGAGGGGUGCGAAGACACCAGAUGGCGUCCGUUGCCUCCAUCUUGUAUUACAGCGCCAGUCACAGCGCCGUCAGCCGAGGCUGGUACAAGUCGCGAUCCAAAGCAGCUGGCGAGGCAAGGAAACACCCCGCGCUUGCCCACCGCCUUUUCGUCGCCAUGUGGUAGCGUGUGGGCGGUUUGGCAUGCUGUCCAGGAGCCGUGGGCGAGCAGUCGUUAUUGUACGUGGAAUAUGGAGGCAUGCACCGCUAGCCGGAUAUAAUGCUCUGGUGUGUAAAGGGAGAUUCGCACAGAAGCAUGCAGGCUGGAUCUGGGAUCUGCCCGAUGGCAAUUGCGGCGGCGGAAGGGUCGACGCUACAGGCUUGACAGCCCCUGCGCGAUGGAUGGCGCAAGCGCCGGGCCUUGGCUGCCCGCACGGCGAACUGCUCGAGGACAUGACGGACUGUCAGGCGGUUCGACUGCUGUUGUGCAACGCCGGCGAGCGUCGCACUGGUGCUCCCGCAGCAGUCGCAUUGCAGCGCACAGCCUGGCCGCGCGGGCGAGCGGCCUUGGAACAGCGGGACCCGGUUGCGAGGGUCGUCGGGAGCGUCAGCGCAGGCGCACAGCUUGGGCGGUCAAGGCUGCUCUGGUCGUCGGGAUGCAGUGAGGUGGUUUCGGCGUCUGUCGCUGUCGGCCGUCGCGAGGACCCGAUGGCGGUCCCAGACGUCCCCCACACGGCAGCGUCAGGCCCGUCGCCGUCGCGUUCGCGUUCUUUGGCGGGGGGAGAUCGCCGCCAAAACAAAGGACCGCCGCGGCACGAGGGCGAUGGGGCGUUUUGGAUCUUGCAGCGAACAACGAUGCGAAGGAUCGGCCGGCAGCGCGGGAUUCGAGAACCACGGCGUGAUUGGCCUGCACGCACCCAUCCCUGCGCCCAUCACGCCCCCCUUGAACCUCGCGUCCCAACGCCUGCCUCUGCCCACCACACGCCCCGUGUCAGUCCGCUGUCAAGACACAUCUCGGGCCAGCGUCCAGCCCUCUGCCAUUGCUGCUGCUCCGUCUGCCGGGCAUGGGCCGUGCCGUCGCUACACCGGCACGUGUCGGUCUCUCUGCCUCUGCCCUCUGCCCUCUGUCUGCCCCAACCGCCCGACCUUGAUCAAACAGGCCGUAGCGUAACCACUGGCCUACGGCGUGGUGCUGAGCGUCUUGCGGGCGCCCGCCGUUUGAGAGAGCCUUUGCACGAGUCGAUUUGUCUGGGAUCCGCUGCCUUGCCGUGCUGUUUCGGGGGCGCCUGGCAUCGCUGUCGAUCACCCGCGUCAAAUGCAAUAUGA